AUGCACAAACCAUCGAGAGAUGUGCUUCUUGAGGUCAUUCAGAAGUACGAAAAGAACUUGAAAGGCCUCAAAUCGCCCAGUGAUCGCUACCUGACAUUCGGUCCCGAGCGGUCCAACAUCAUCCUCGCCAAGCUUGAAGAGCUUUUUGUGAAGUUCCUCUACGAAAUUCGCCACCUGACUGGCUUCAAUGUGGACUUUGUCAUUCAGAUGGUGAAGCUGGUGCGCAUCAUGGUGCCGAACCUGGCCUCACGCGAGGUGCUCCUCAUCGGCCUGCACACCAUCUCCCUGAUCUCACGUACCUUCCUCUCCAUCUACGUGGCCAAUCUGGACGGCCAGGUGGUGAAGCACAUCGUUCGCCGUGAUCUGGUCAAGUUCGUCACCCUCAUGACCAAGUGGCUGCUCAUCGCCGUGCCGGCCACCUUCCUCAACUCACUCAUUCGUUUUCUCGAGUCGAAGCUGGCGCUGGCCUUUCGCAGCCGCCUGGUCCAGUACGCCUACAACCAGUACUUCCAGAAUGAGACCUACUACUCAGUGUCAAACCUGGACGGCCGCCUGGAGAACGUCGACCACUCGCUCACCGACGACCUGAGCACCUUUGCCGGGCACUGUGCGCACCUCUACUCAAGUGUGACCAAGCCACUUCUGGACGUCAGCAUGAUUCUCCUGACGCUCUACAAAAUGUCACGACAAAUGGGAUCGUAUGGCAUGGCAGGGCCAAUGAUUGGCACUAGCAUCGUCUUCUGCACUCACCUCAUCCUGCGCAAGUGCUCUCCUCAGUUUGGCCGGCUCGUCUCCGAAGAGGCUCGCCACAAAGGUUUCCUUCGCUUUGUGCACGCUCGUGUGAUCACCAACGCCGAGGAGAUUGCUUUCUACCGCGGCGGCGCCAUCGAGCAGUCCAUUCUCGAACGAGCUUACCUCACACUGGUCCGCCAGAUGAACGUCAUCUUCAACAAGCGUCUCUGGUACGUCAUGCUCGAGCAGAUGCUGAUGAAGUACCUCUGGUCGGCGACGGGCAUGGUCCUCAUCGCCGCGCCUAUCAUGCUCACCGGCAAAAAGAGCGCCGGAAUUAAGGCGGCGGAGACGCAGAGCCUGUCGGCCAUCCUCGCCACAGACGACAUCUCCGAGCGCACCCAGUACAUGAUGACUGCCAAGAAUAUUCUCAUAUCAGGCUCUGACGCCCUGGAGCGACUGCUCUCCUCUUACAAGGAGCUAAUUGAGCUGGUCGGCUACACGAACCGUGUCGCGAAGAUGUUUACCGUCUUUGAGCAGGUCAACCACGGACAGUACAAACGAGAGGCGGUGGUGAAGACGGACGCCACCAGUGAGAUGAGCCCCUCUAAGUCACUCAACAACUGCACUCACCCACUGCCAGUGAUCACCUUCAAGGACGGCGUUCCAGAGGCGAAGGGGGUGAUCACCGAGGUGGACAACUACAUCCAACUAGACAAUGUUCCUGUGAUCACGCCCAAUUGUGAUAUUGUCGUGCCCAGUUUAACAUUGAAGAUAACCAAAGACAUGCACUUGCUCAUAACGGGACCGAACGGUUGCGGCAAGUCCUCACUCUUUCGCAUCCUAUCCGGCCUUUGGCCAGUCUUUGGUGGCUCCUUCUGCCGACCCAAAGUUCGCGAUAUGUUCUACAUUCCCCAGAGGCCGUACAUGUCACUGGGCACACUACGAGAGCAGCUCAUCUACCCCGACAGUGUGGAGGAGAUGCACGCCAAGGGUUUCACAGAUGACUUUCUCGAGGCGAUUCUCGAGUCGGUCAAGCUGAAGGAGGUGGUCAAGCGGGAAGGCGGUUGGUCCGCCAAGGGCGACUGGAAGGACAUUCUCAGCGGCGGAGAGAAGCAGAGAUUAGGCAUGGCACGCCUCUUUUACCACCGGCCUAAAUUUGCCCUCCUCGACGAGUGCACGUCAGCGGUUUCAAUAGACAUUGAAGGGGAAAUGUACGAACAGGCAAAGGCAUUGGGGAUUUCACUGAUUACCAUCACCCACCGCUCCUCUCUCUGGAAGUUUCACACUCACCUUCUUCAGUUUGACGGAGAAG